AUGCAGUCAAUUGGUAAAGAUCCUGUGGAAGCUGUGGAUAAAAUGCUAAAUUUAUUUGGCAAUCCAUUUAGAGAAGAAAAACAAAAAAAUGAAAAUAAUAAAAAAGAAAAUGAAAAAGAAAAGGCUCCAUUUAUUUAUAAACCAUCAGAAUUUGCAAUACUAGUAGAUCAAAUGAUUGGUGGUGGUGAGAAACCCUGGAAUCCUACAAAAAAACCUAUUGAGAUGCCUACGAAUAUGUUAAGUUUACCGCCUUCCUCCAAAGAAGAAUUAUUAAUACAAAAAGGAAUGGAAAAUUGCCUGGUUAAGGCAACUAUUGCUGGAAUAAUGGGAGUCGGAAUUGGAUUUGCGUUUGGUCUUUUUACGGCAUCUAUAGAUCCACAAUUAACAUUACAAAAUAAUGAUCCAACUAAAGUGUUGACGGUUCGGCAAACUCUUAAAGAGAUGGGUACAAGAAUGGGACAAUAUGGAAAAAAUUUUGGUUCAUUAGGUUUUAUGUUUUCCGGAACAGAAUGUAUCUUAGAAACAUGUAGAGGAAAAUCAGAUUGGAAAAAUGGAACAUAUUCGGGUGGUAUUGUUGGUGCAUUGAUAGGUUUGAGGGCUGGUGUCAAACCUGCAAUUUGGGGUGCUGCUGGUUUUGCAGCCUUCUCAACUGUGAUAGAAUAUUUUAUGCGUUAA